AUGGCGAUUAGCGUGGACGAAGCGAAGGCGAUAGCCGACAGGCUUGAGUCGCUAAUAAACGAUCCGCACGUCUCCGGUGCCGCCCUCGAUGAUGACACUCGGCGCAGGCUUCGCGAGGGGGGACUGAAGUUGUCGCUUUUGAUGGAGGCUCCUGGGGACACUAUCCACCGGAUCAGUAACACUCCAUUACAGCUUGCCAUUGAUCGCAUUGGAGUUGAGACUCAUCUGUUUGAGAUCAUGGCCGAAGCCGAGGGGUCCGUCUUCACCAAUGGAGAGCUCGCUAGCAAAACGAAUGUCGAUCCUGUUCUGAUGAAGAGGCUUUUACGCUAUUAUCAAUCGUGUGGAAUGCUGUCCCAGCCGAGUGACGACAGCUACAGCUCCAACAAUAUCACCAAAGCUCUUGCAUCGACUGGGGGUCAAUCCGGGAUCAACUACUUCUUCGAGAUGGUAUCUCCGUCAUUCAUGGCCUUCCCAAGCUUCCUCCGCGAGAACGGAUAUCGCAAUCCCACCGACCCCAACCACUGCCCUUGGCACCUAGGUCACCGCACCGAUCUAUCGCCAUUCCCUUGGCUGCAGACUCAUCCGGAGCACUUCGGAUACUUCCUCCCAUGGAUGGCUGCCUAG